CAGCUCAGGCUAGCAGUCAUCUCACAGCCCCUCCCUAGUCCUCCCGUCAUCUCCAUUGAAUCUAUCCGCUGCCAACAAACGAAGAGCCCCAGCUAUCCGAGCGUUGGUCGCAUUACAAGCCGAAGCCGUGCUCGCGUGCGCAUCACGCUCAACGUCUUCAAUCCUCAUGGAGGAGACCAGGACAGCCUGGUGACUCUCGAAGUCUUUCCCGAUAUGACCGUUUCUACCCUGCGCGAGUCUGUCCAGUCCGAGGCCGGCAUCCCCCCUACUUCGCAACACAUCUACCACAACGGUCGACUCAUCUCAGACGAUGCCAAAACCAUGGAGCAGCUACAAAUCGGCGAUGGCGACAUGCUGGCUGUCCAUGUCCGAGAUAUGCGAGGCAGCACGGUGCCUCCGGAGGCAGCAGGGCGACCUCCAGCAGCGGCUCGCCAACAACAAAGCGCCGCCACUGCCGCCGCCGGAGCUGAAAACGACACGGAGAUGCUUCGCCUGCAGAUUCUCGGCGACCCCGCCGUCAGACAGCAGCUAUCCAGGCAACACCCAGAGCUCGCCGCGGCCAUCGAGGACCCCGCGCGAUUUCGAAGAAUAUUCCUAGACAGCCAGGACAGGGAGCGGAGAGAGCGAGAGAUGCGGCAGCGCGAGAUUGAAAGACUCAACGAAGACCCCUUCAACGUUGAGAACCAGAGGAGGAUUGAGGAGAUGAUCCGCCAGGAGAGAGUCAUGGAGAAUCUGCAAAACGCCAUGGAGCACAACCCCGAAGGUAUGUACGAUGACGGCCAGGAAAUCUCGUUUCUGGGAGAAGCCGAGAUUCCGAAGGAGGAAGAGGCCAUUGUCCAGGAGCCUACGAUUCCCGGACCGGCAGGGACUGCCAUUGGCCAGAGAUCCGGAGCUGUCAUGCCUGCUCAAGAGGCCCCUUCGCAAACCCCUUCACAGGCUACACCCGGCGCGCCGCCACCACAGACCCAGGCACAAGCGGCGCCACAGCAGCCAGCAGCACCAUCUGCCGGUGUAACACCAGCCCACGUUGACAGUCUUAUGGCCAUGGGGGCUACCAGGGAACAGGCAAUCCAGGCUCUCCAAGCUGCCGAGGAUAACGUGGAUAUGGCGGCUAGCUUGAUCUUCUUUUAA